AUGGCUGCCGCUGCUCCCGAAUCCGCCGACGUGACUGGCGCACGGAAUCUGCCCACAGCCGAGGAGUUGUCGGAAGCGCUCAAAGUUGAUGUGUACGAUCGCGAAGGCAAGACGAAGACAUUGGGUGAACUGGUCAAAGGCCAGAGGACUAUAUUGUGUCCAGUUCUCGUCAUAGGAUGCGGCUCCUACCAACCCAUCGACACCUAUGCUGCCAACACUUCGUCCAAAUACCCAAUCUACACUGACCCAAGCUUGAAGCUGCACAAGCUCUUCCAGUUCAAGUCCAAUUUAGCUGAGGGCAAAGCCGGUGAUGAACAGCGAGACUACAUGCGCAACGCAGGUAGUACUAUGUCAAGGAUCUUCGGCGGCAUCAAGGGUGCGUUGGGGAACCUGCAGCAUGUGAACUCUGUGGGACCGAAGGCAUUGAAUGGUGGUGAAGUGGUUCUAUCGGCUGGUAAGUAG